AUGGGAGUCCUCCUAAACACUUACUCCAAUUCGACCCUAUUCCCGGACCAUCGAUAUCACGAGCAACCACUGAACGCGAACGCGAACAUGUCGGAGGGAGGCUCACCCACUGCACUUGAUCUGGACGACCUCUUCAAUUAUGACGUCGGCUUAGACGAGGUAGUGCCAGCCAAGAAUGUCUCUGAAAACAACACAAAUACAGCGGGGACUGGGGAUUCUGCUCUUGGUCUGGGCCUGGAUGAUGAAGUUAAAGUCACUAAGAAACGACAACCGGUCGCCAAACUAGACGAAGCGCGACUCCUCUCACAACCAGGCAUCCCAAAGCUGCGGCAAUCUGCGAAGCGGAAGCUAAGGUUCAAAGGCAAAGGGCACGAGUUCUCGGACGCCACCCGCCUUCUCAAUUUCUACCAACUAUGGCUUGACGAUCUAUACCCCCGCGCCAAGUUUGCAGACGGUCUAUCCAUCAUUGAGAAGCUGGGACACUCAAAGCGAAUUCAAGUAAUGCGUCGAGAGUGGAUAGAGGAAGAAAAGCCGAGACUUGCUCGGGACUCUGGAGUCACCCGAGAAGAACUUGAGAACGCCCGUGUCCAGAAAACCCCGGCCAAAUCCAAGGAGCCAUCAUCUUCAAAUACUCCAGGCCAGGAGGGAUCCACAGAAGAUCUAUUCAUGCCAGAUAAUGGUAUUGCACAACCCACCACUAGUCACCCUGAACCCGAAGAAGAUGAUCUGGAUGAUCUCCUCAGGGAAGAAGAGUCAAUGAUGAUACCCCCCAACACGUCAACAUCUCAGCGAGAACCUCAGCUGGAUGAAGAUUUUGAAGCUGAUUAUGAAGCGAUGAAAGAGUUGGGCAUGUAA